UCCGUGUUUGUGGUUCCAAGGAGGAGGGAGGAAAAUCCAAAAUCCCCUAUUUCUAUUUCGACUCCUCCUCUCCGCCAAAUACAACUAGAUUUCUGCCCAGAUUUAUGUUCCCACUGCAAUCGACAGCGCCUCUGAAACCAAAUCAGAGACAGUGAAUCCGACUAUGGGAAACAAAAAUCAAUCACUAGAAGAAGAAGAAGAUUGGGGGAUGAAGUCAUGGAAGAACCUUGAAAAAGUAGGAGAGAAAUCACCACUGAUUCAAUGCAUAACAAAUUAUGUAUCCAUGGAUUUAGUGGCUAAUACUCUGUUAGCAUCAGGUGCAUCACCAGCAAUGCUUCAUUGUUUACAAGAAAUCCCAGAUUUCACACCUCAUGCCGAUGCUCUGUGUCUGAAUGUUGGUACUUUAUCACCGGACUGGCUUCCUUCAAUGAAAUCAGCUGCUGAGUUAGUUAAUGAAUUGGGGAAACCAUGGGUUUUUGACCCAGUUGCUGUUUCUGCUUCUGAUUUUCGACUCAAGACUUGUAUUGAGCUUGUGGGUCUUAAACCUGCUGUUAUACGUGGUAAUGCUUCUGAAAUUCUUGCUCUUGCUAAUGCUUCCAGAGAUACCCACACGAGUAAGGGGGCGGACAGCUCACAUGGGUCAAUGGAUGCAAUAGAAGCAGCAAAAUCCUUGGCUAUAGCAAGUGGCGCAGUCGUUGCAGUAUCCGGAGCAGUUGACAUAAUAACCGAUGGGCAGCGUUUGGUUGGUGUACAUAAUGGAGUAGCCAUGAUGCAACGGAUCACAGCAACUGGUUGUGCUGUUACAGCUCUCAUCGCAGCAUUUGUUGCAGUAGACCCCUUGCAUGCUUUCGAAGCCACAGCUUCAGCGCUUUCUAUAUUUGGUGUUGCUGGUGAGAUAGGAAUGGACAUGGCCGAAGGUCCAGCUUCACUACGCAUGCACUUAUUAGAUUCAUUAUAUGGGCUUGAUCAGGCUACUAUCCUUUCUCGGGUUAACAUCAGUUGCAUGAGUCGAGCGUCAUGAAUCACUAUGAAAGAAAAUAUGUUAAUUCCCUCAAGUCUUUAGCAUACAGCUCUGUUAAUAAUGUUAGUCUAUAUACAAUUAACCUAUCAAAGCUUGGUUUAAACAUAUGACAAUUCUUCUUUAGUUCCCCAGGCCCCUCAGCAUUCUGUGUAAAAAUAAUAAAGUGAAAGAUUUAAAGUUUGGGUUUCACUUUUUAGUAGAAUUUUCAAGAGUAGGAAAGAGGUUGUCUCUUAUUAUUUUGAACCUUCUUACAUCUAUGUUUGCAUAUGUUUAUGCCAUAUAUACCGAAGCAUAAGGUCCAGAGAGAGACCGACUUCUUUGAGUA